GCCUUUGCCAUGGCGACACCGAGCGGCCUGGUCCGGGCCCUGCACCGCGGGACCCUCGGCCAGAUCUGAAGUAUUUUGCUUCUGUUUCAGCCCAAAGAAUAUGGUCGUGGAUCGGAUUUUCUCUGGAAUCCAGCCAACUGGGACGCCGCAUCUGGGUAACUAUCUUGGAGCCAUUCAGAACUGGGUGAAUCUGCAGGAAGAGUGCAGCUCAGUGCUAUAUAGCAUUAUGGACAUGCACUCUAUCACCAUGCCCAAGGAGCCAGCUGUCCUGCGCCAGAACAUUCUGGACACCACUGCUGCCAUCCUCGCCUGUGGUAUUGAUCCAAAGAAGUGUUUCCUGUUCCGACAGUCACUGGUUCCUGAGCAUGCAGAACUUGCCUGGAUUCUUGGGUGCUUAACUAACGUGCCACGUCUGCUACGCUUGCCCCAGUGGAAGAUGAAACGUGCCAGCCAGAAUAACGAAGGAACUGUUGGUUUGUUGACUUACCCUGUGCUUCAAGCAGCAGAUAUUUUGCUCUACAAGUCGACACAUGUUCCCGUUGGAGAAGAUCAAGUCCUGCAUCUGGAACUAGCCCAAGAUAUAGCACAACAUUUCAACAAGAAAUACGGAGAAUUCUUUCCUGUGCCCAAAGCCAUUUUAAGUACAACAAAGAAAAUAAAAUCCCUCAGAGAUCCAACAGUGAAGAUGUCGAAGUCAGACCCACAGAAGUUAGCAACUGUUAACAUAGCGGACAGCCCUGAUGAAAUCGUGCUGAAAUUCCGCAAAGCUGUGACUGACUUUACCUCUGAGGUGACUUAUGACCCAGCCAGUCGUCCUGGUGUCUCCAACCUGGUGUCCAUUCAUGCUGCAGUCACAGGGCUUAGCAUAAAAGAAGUGCUGCACCAAGCUACUGGUCUCGACACUGCUCACUACAAAAUGGUGGUAGCAGAGUCAGUUAUUCAAAAAUUUGCACCUAUCAGGAGUGAAAUCAAGAAACUCCAGGAAGACAAAUUCCAUUUGUUAAAGGUUUUAGAGGAUGGAGCAGAGAAAGCAAAAGAACUGGCUGCCCCCAUCUAUCAAGAAAUAAGAAGACUGGUGGGAUUUCAGUAGAACUGCUGAGCAGUUGCAAGAACUUCUGUCACAUUGACGGUGUUUGCAUUUAAAAAUGUGCAUGAAGCCAGUUAUUUCCAGUGGGACCAGCACUGAGCUUGUCUGGAUAGUUAAAGAGGGAGAGUGGAAGCAAUCACAGUUGACAAAGAAACCCCACAGAAGCAUAAUAUAGGAUUGCCCAAAUUGGGUUUUGGGUUUUUCCACUGACCACUGCGGGAAGCUGAGAUUUAAACAAGGUGAUCAGAAUCUAGAAGGAAGAUUUGUCAUCUUCUCAAGAACAUUCUUAACACUGCAUGUGAUCUUCUUACAGGUGGACAGUUCAUCCUAUUGGUUGUUACUCAGCUUUGAUAUGGUGGUUAAAUGUAUUCUUGGAUUACCAGAAUAAAAGCACAGGCUUACAAAUCAAAA